CAACUGGACUAGAGGGAACCAGGCCAUGGCGGGGCGCCUGAAGGAGAAGAUGGUCUCAGAUGAGGUCCAUCAGAACCAGAUCUUACGUGAGCUGUACCUCAAAGAGCUACGAACUCAGAAACUCUACACCCACUAUCAUGUGAAUCCCCACAGCAAAGUUCACACAAUUACCAGAAAGCCCAUGUCUUGGCAUGAUAACCUGGAGGAACCUGCAGAUGACAGGUUUAUCAAACUCAUUCAUCAUGCUGCCCAGGAACCAAGGAGGAAAUACCUGGAGUCACAGACUGAGAGCCAGGAAAUUGGAUGGGACUCAGAACCUUUGAUCAACCCAGAUCGCAGUGACAGGAGGCUGAACCACUUCCAGGUCUACAAUGACAUCACUCUGUAUAAGGCUAAAAUGUGGAGCUUGGGAGAAAACGAUUGGCAUAAUUAACAUCUCAGCUGUGGUCUCAACUUCUGUUAUCAAUGCCAUGUGCAGCCCAAUAAAUAAAAAGGUUGCUUUAAAGACUGA